AUGCGGUCUACCAGAGGACAGUCACCAAGUAUUGGACGUCGAAUUGCGAAUACUACGCACUUGUCUACGAAGCCGACAAAACCAGAUGUUCGCCAAGUGGAAGAAGUGCGAGACGAAGGAAAACUUUUGUGCUCAAUAUUUGGAGGACCACCUCUGGAGGAGAAUAGUGGGCGGAACAUCAAACACGAAUGGGCCAAAAUGGCAAGGGCUGCUGGUUUGAAACCAUCAGUUAUCUCUCAACUUAAAGUUGCCUUACCAACAUGCCCCGUCUUGUACUUACUUAUAAAAACUCAUAAAUGGUCUAGAAAGUACUACGCUCAAAUAAGAGGGUUGGCAAUGGGACAACGACUGGCUCCAAGCCUUGCCAUUGCAUUUAUGUCUAAGGUGGAAGCACCGGUGACUGAUCUCGGGCCGCUACUCUACUGUAGAGUAUAUCAAGUUCACCCGAGAAAAGCCGAAAGAAAAAUGGCUUCCAUUUUUGAACGUACAAAUUCACCUAUCAGAAAAUGGCUACAUUACAAAGUGGUACCGAAAGCCAAGUAG